UCCCGGCGUGCCCCGCGCUGAUGUCCCGGAUGUCUAUCGCGCCGGAAGAGAAGACGGCCUCUUUCCCAGCCAUCUUUGGGUUUACUAGCAGCGAGCUUAGCGCUCCGGCCUCGCACAAUCCGAGGAACAUCCACCGCUGGAGGGGCCAUCAUGCCCGGGCACCUGCAGGAAGGCUUCGGCUGCGUGGUCACCAACCGGUUCGACCAGCUAUUUGACGAUGAAUCCGACCCGUUCGAGGUCUUGAAGGCGGCCGAGAACAAGAAGAAGGAGGGCACCGCGGGCCCCGGCCAGGGAUCAGGCAAGACCGCGGCUCAGGCCGCCAAGCAGCUCCGCAAGGAGUCCCAGAAGGAGCGCAAGAACCCGCUGCCCGAGAAGAAGGAGGACACCCCGCCGCCCGUGGCGCUCAAGAAGGAGGGUGAGCGGGGGAGGGCUGGGAGCGGGGGGCCCGGCGAGGGGGGAGGACAGCCGAGGCCCGGGGAUACAGACACACACCCCCGGUACCGGGAGACACGGGGGGGCUCCCCCACACCCCGAUACACGCGGGUCUGACAGGGGCCCAUACUGAGAGCCGGGUGUGCUGGGGGGGGUGUUCCCGGGCUGCCCUGCCGGGUGAGGUGACCGCUGACAGGGAGGUUCGGCCUCGCACGUGGUCCUGUCACCGGGGAGAGGCUGUGGCGGGAGAUCUGCCGCCGACCACGUGCUGACAGGAGGGGGAGGGGCCGGGGGCUGUCACAACACGCGCACACGGCCCUCACCCCUAAACCGGGCACUGGGGGUCCCCUAACCGGUAUAUAGGGGUAAAGGGGGGCCCUCACCCCUAAACCAGGCACUGGGGGUCCCCUAACCGGUAUAUAGGGGUAACGGGGGGCCCUCACCCCUAAACCAGGCACUGGGUGUCCUCUAACCGGUAUAUAGGGGUAACGGGGGGCCCUCACCCCUAAACCAGGCACUGGGGGUCCCCUAACCGGUAUAUAGGGGUAACGGGGGGCCCUAAACCAGGCACUGGGUGUCCUCUAACCGGUGUAUAGGGGUAACGGGGGGCCCUCACCCCUAAACCAGGCACUGGGGGUCCUCUAACCGGUAUAUAGGGGUAACGGGGGGGGCCCUCACCCUUAAACAGGGCCCUGGGGGGUUCUCUAACAGGUAUAUAGGGGUUACGGGAGGACCUUACCCCUAAACCAUGCACUGGGGGGGUCUUCUAACCUGUAUAUAGGGGUAACGGGGGCCCUAAACCGGGCACUGGGGGUCCCCUAACCGAUAUAUAGGGAUAACGGGGGCCCUCACCCCUAAACUGGGCACUGGGGGUCCCCUAACCGGUAUAUAGGGGUAACAGUGGAGGGGGUAUUCAAUCCCCAGGAGAACGUUGGGGAGCGCUAGGUAUCCCCGCGAAUAGCUGGCUCUAGGCUCUCAGUAAGUUCUGCUUUCUGUUUAGACAAUUUUGGCCUAAAAACAACCCCUCCCCCAGUUACUGUGGCAGGUCUCCCCACCUCACAUGGUGGUACUGUGCCAAGCUGGACACUGACCUCACUGAGGGUGAGAUUGUAUAGAAUCAGUUUAGGAUUCUAAGAUGGUUAUUUACUAAUGUGAGAAUUCAAAGGGAGUUUAAUUUUAAGGUCAAAAUAGCCAAACUGACUAUGCUCUCAAUUUGGCUUCUCUGGCCUUUAAUUUGAAAUUCUCUAUGAAUUAUCACUCCGUGCUUUAUAGAACCUGUAACAGGGCGGACUAUACACAUUCAAGGUGCAUUGGCCUGACAUAACUUACAGUUUUUUUUGGGGGGGAGGGGGUUCUUUGAGUAUAUACCCUCUCAUUGUAGUAAGGUCCUCAUGUCACCUUGUUAUUCAUGACAUUCAUUACAUUGUGUCUCCAAAGAGAUCACUACUCUCAUGGCACAAUGUAGGCUGUUCUAAGUGAUCCUUAUGGGUAUGCUGGAGUUUAUCACGAUAUUAACUUUGUUGCCAACAUGUAUGACAGAUUAAGUGAAUGUCAGCUGUGUAGUGUAAUCCUUUUAUGAAGUGUCUCUGCGUUUUCUAUUUUGUAAUAGAAUCCUGACAUUUUGGGGUACUCUUGGAAUAGAUAAAAUCGACUAGCAUUUAGUCCAGGCACAGGCAGCCUUUUUCACUGCAGAUGUUUUGGACUACACCUCCCUUGAUCCUUUGCCAGCAUUAUGUGUGUAAGAGCAUUGUGGGGGAUGUAGUCCACAAUAUCUGGAGUGAAAAAGAUUGCUAUCCCUGAUCUAGUUAGUCAUUGCAUGCUGGUGAUCUGUGUGAAUCUAGUGCCGCAGGUCAGAUCCAAAAACAAGGAUUUUAUACGCUCUCAAACAGACCUGUCUGUGUUUUCCAGGUCCUUUCGCUAGUCAGGGUGAUACAAGAAGUUUUAACAAGUGUGUUUUGUGUGUAAAAUAAAAAUCUGAAAAGGAUAUGUUUCAGAUGUCAGUAGUCGGCCAGUUCAUGUCUUACAUUUAAUAGCACUCAUAGUUAAUUAAGUAGACUUGGACCACGUGACAGAACGGUAAAAGUAUGUUACUGAACCCUGCAUAUCAAAAAUAUUAGAAGUUCUGAAUCCUCGGACUUGCUCAUCAAAUAUCUUACCGGUAAUUUGUAGAAUAACAGCACGUUUCUCGGUGUGAGUUGGUGCUUUGUAACAAGUGGGGAAUCUCUUAUGCAGUAGGGAAGUCUGUGACGGAACCCCCAGAAAACGCACUUUGCCCUUUAAGAAGAUAUAAAUAGAGCAGAUUGUGUGUUCUCAUGCGAACAUGUGCACAAGACUUUUUAGGGGCUAAAUGGCACAAGAGCACUUAAUCGUUCCUGAGAUAAUUGAAAUUGCUUUAAUACAUACAUAGACGUAAAACCUGGCUUUACUGGAAAAGCUCGAAUAAGCUUACAAACACAUUAGCUACACAGCCCAAACCUCCAUUGUUGUAAAUCUUUACUUUAAAACAUUUCUUUACAUUCAGAGCGUUUAGUGUCCCUCGAUCGUGGCCACUGGCCUGUGUUCACUUGUUACCAGUGUGUUGGUGAUUGCUGGGGGCGGGUUCUAUUGCUCAUUCUACAGUUUUUUUUUUUUCCCAGAGUCAGCUUCUUUUUGUGACCACACCCAGGCAUCGUUUUUAAGCAAAUAAUUGUAUGCUGGGGGUGUGAUACAGUUAUUAGGUUGAGCUGCUGUUUGAGGUUUGGUGUGUGUGUGUGUGUGUGUGUGUGUGUACACGUGUUUAAAUUUCUUUUCUCUUCUCCUUCAAAUCUCUGCCUAAAGUGGCUACAAGCAUUCAUUGGCAUGGGUAGCAGUAGUUAAUCCCCCUUAUACUGCACUUUCAGCAGCUGUUGUCAGCUCGUUCAGCAGCAGCAGUAGUAGUAGUAGUACAGAGCCUGCAUCUUCUGCUGCUACGCUUAGAGAGGGGGCCAGGAUGUGCUGUCACUCAGAACUCCCUGCUAGUCAGUGAAAGGGAGGCAGUGCCAAUAUAGCCUUAAUAUUGGAAUGCCAUCUAUAAUGUGAUUUGGCUGCUGGGCAGAUAUUCAGAAAUCCCAUGUGCUAACUAUGUGAUAGGCAGUCUAACUUGGAAGUUUUUACCUCUUAGGGUUUGAUUGGUUAUAGUAAAGAAAAAAGGUCCUAUUAUUUUCUUUUUCAAAUCUAUAAGUGUCAGUUGGUUACUGUUACACUUGUUAUCUAACUUACUAGUACUACUAAAUUAUAGCAUCAAACACCUGUAUAUGCUGCCCACACAGUGUCUAUAGUUAAAUUUACAUUUUGAAGUAAUUAUUUUUAUUUUUUUUAAUAGUGUAAUUUGUGGUAAAUGGUCACAUUGUGUAUUUAUUUAAAAAAGGUUUAUUAUGGGAUUGGUUAAAACAUUGUGAAUGUGCAUUUUAGAUUUUUCUGAACAGAGGUUUUAAAAGCAGAACUGAGCACCAAGAUAAAGAAUGGUAUGUUUUUACAAUUGUGUGGAGUACAUUAGAAUGGGAUUACACACUUGCAAUACACCCUUUCCCCCCUAGGAGUCAGUCAUGCUCCUUGCCCUGCAUGUUUACAUGUUUCUCUUCAAUAUCUGCUCAGGUAUCAGGAGGGUUGGCAGAAGGCCUGACCAGCAACAACCACAACAGCAGGCACCUCAGCAGCAGCAGGCUCCACAAGCCCCACAGGGUGAAGGGAAGCCCAUCGACAGGAGACAGACAGACAGACGGCCUCCCCGUGAACGCCGCUUUGAAAAGCCAGUUGAAGAGAAGGGUGAAGCUGGAGAAUUCUCUGUGGAUAGGCAAGUCUUAUUGCAAUUGCUGAAUGUUGGUAACAUGCUUUUACAUUUUCAUAUUAUUAAAUCAGCAAGACUAGUAAGGUUUUAUAUAUGUAAUAGCUAUCUAUUCGUAUUUGUUUGUUUUUUUUGUUUUUGUUUUUUUGGAAUUGUAUUAACUGGGCAUAGUCCACUCCUAAUGUUUUAGGAAGGAAAGUCUCUUUGCACCUCAAUUACUACAUUUAAAGGGAUACUAGAGGCACUCGGACCACGUCAUCUCAUUGAAGUGGUAUGGGUGCAGUGUCCCUGUCACACUUAAUCCUGCAAUGUAAAACCACUACUAGAGGCACUUACUAGAACGGAGUACAGUGUCAGAAAAACACACAGAAAAGUCAAGGCAAUGCUUUUCUAUGGGGAAGGCUUAAUGCGCCAGUGGUAUAUCCGAAAACUAUAAUGUUGUAUAGGUGGGGGAAUUAAUGAGACUGUUUACACCUGCUGGUCUUAAAACCACACAUGCAUAAUACAGCAGUUCAAUGAUUUCAAGGGCUGUCUAGACUGUCAGCUUGUGGAUACACUGCAAUGUUGGAGCAAAACCAAGCUAAUUAUGUCUAAGUAAAACUACUGCAAUGAUUUAUAAAGGUCCCCCCUAGUUUUAACCUUGCAGCUGAAAACAUGUUUUAGAGGAACUGCUAUGUUUACACUGCAGGGUUAAUGCAGUCUCUAGUGGCUUUCUCCUUAACAUCCACUAGAGGCCGCUUUCGUGAUUUACAGAGUAAAUCACACUUAUCUGACGCUGGACGUCCUCACGGAGUCCAGCGUCAAGAUCCCCAUAGGAAAGCAUUGAGUAAUGCUUUCCUAUGGGCGGGUCUGAAUGCAUGCGCGCCCCUCUGGUUCAACUCAAGAGCUGACGUCGGCGGGGGAGGAGAGGUCACCAGUGCCGAGGUAGCCCGGUGCAGGAUUAAGGUAAGUGGCUUCAGUGCCGAGGGAGAGGGCUCUCCAAGAGCCUAUAGUGCCAGGAAAACUGGUUUGUUUUUCUGGCACUAUAGGAUCCCUAUAACUUUUUGAAGUAAAGUUAUGUUUUACUACUUGCUGGUUCUAGCGAAUUUUUUUUAUUUUAUUUUUUCCCUUCAUCUUUUAGCUGUCUCUUCUUACAGAACCUGGCGGGAGUGGUCCUCUAAAUGACACAUCAGAAAAACUAAUCUGCAUGUGUUUGGCGUGGCUCUUUAAAAAGACACGCUAGGCACUAUUACUAAUUUAGCUAAUUGAAAUGGUUAUGGCACAGUGGUUUUGGGUGUGGUCCUGUAUUGUGUUGUUUUUUUAUUUUUUUUAUUUCCUGUUUAUUUUUAACAAUGAGGUUCUGUCCAGCACCCAAACACAGUCCCUCACCUGCUAUUCUGAUAAUGUUGAAUUUUUGGUCCAAAGAGCCGUGAGUGCUGGGUGUGGGGUGCAGUUUUCCUUGCACUUGGAGACCUUCGCUGCUCUCCCUGUUAAGACAGAUAAGGCUUAAGUUUCAUUCAAUUUUUCUGAGAAGGUAAAGAUCUUGGCUUUAGGUGCUAUGCAUUGUUCUCUGUUCAAAAGAUUUGACAGAAGCAUGGGGUUGGGAGAACCGUUCCAUAAACCCUACAGUGAGCUGUAAUGGUCAUGUUGCUUGGUUUUCCCCCAUUUAUUAUUGAUGUAGUGGAACAAAUUGUGUCCUACUAAAUAGCAAAUUGUUUAUCUGGUUUCAUGUAUUUAUAUUUUCCCAUCCAUUUCAGACCCAUCAUUGAAAGACCUGUUCGUGGACGUGGCGGCCCUGGAGGAAGAGGACGUGGUGGACGCGGACGUGGAUUGGGCAGAGGAGAUGGAUUUGACUCCCGUGGCAAACGUGAAUUUGACAGACAUAGUGGCAGCGACAGAGCGUAAGUUUAUGCUCUUCUGUUUUUGUUUUGUUGUUUUUUUUGUUCUGUUUUCCCCAAAACUUCCACACACUGACCAUAUAACUCAUUUUGGUUAGUUCUUCACAUUUCAGUGGCCCGAAGCAUGAGGAUAAGCGUGGUGGCAGUGGACAACACAACUGGGGAAAUGUUAAGGAUGAACUGAGGUUGGUGAAAAUAACCUCGUUAUUUUUUUUUAUUUUUUUAAAAUCCUAUCAUUUUGUGAAAAACUCAGCAUGUCCUAGUGGCAAGUUAUUUAUUCUAAAUGAGAUUAUUCUGUCUUUAUCAUUUGCUCGAGUUUCAUUGUGACUUUGAAGAGUUUCUAUUGUAUGCUUGAUGUUAUGCUGAGGUCUUAUAGGGAAAUCGUGACACUUAAUUAAAAUCUGCCACAGUUUCUGUUCUUCUGCAGUUUAAGUAGUUUAAAGGGACAUCUUAAUGAAGUCGUUUUGAUUUUUGCAGUCCAUGGAUGUAGUCUUACAUCAAAGUGUUAAAACCAUUUUUGAAAGGUUUCAUACUUUGGAUGCCUGUCAGCAUAUCCUGUCUCUUCUGUUGAGCCAUCAUACUAAGCAGAGAAGGGAAUCAUUGAUCAGCAUAUUUCUCUCCAAUGGUUUAACAUCUAAAAGGGAUUCUAUAGUGCCAGGAAAACAGAGCUGUUUUCCUGGCACUUUAGAAUUCUACGCCAUCCUCCCUCGCACUCCUUCAGAGACUUAUCUGAAUCCAGCGCCGAUGUCCCUUUUUUUGACGUCGGCGAGGGGACCUAAUGUGCAUGCGCGGCAACGGCCGCCCUUGCGUUAGGGUUUCCCCGUAGGAAAGCAUUAUUAAUGCAGGGGCGGCCUAUGGGGGAAAAUGUGAUGCUGGAGGUCCUUGUGCAGCGCGUGAAGAUGCCCAGCAUCAGAUAACGGACCAAAGGUCCAUUUCAAACCAGGAAGCCCUCUAGUAGACAGCCACUAGAGUUGGUGUUAACCCUGGAUUGUAAUUGGCAAUAAUUACUAUUGCAGGGUUAAGGGAGGUGGGACAGGUCUGGGUGAUUAGUGUCCCUUUAAGCUAAGCCUCAUCCAGGUACACCAGCCCUCAUUGAAAUAAAGUAGUUUUUAUGGAAGAGUCCUUUUUAAAGCAGCUCUAUUAACUUCCUAAUGGUGCAGGAUAAGGUAGUUGUUACCUGAACCUGUCCCUCAAAGCCACUGUCAUUUUUCUAUCGCAAAAUCCUUUUCAAUCGAGGCGCUUCAUCUGCCAGGAGCUGCUGUCAGCGCUGCCCGAGAGUACAAAACUGUCUGUGGAGAAGACUGGGCUCAUCAGCUCUCAAAUGUGGGGUUUUUGAUUUUUGGAGAGGUGUUGGAAAAAAUACAUACUACAAAGUAAUAGUAAUUCUUACUAUUGUAUUUUACAUUUUAGCUGCAUAAAGGUAACCUCAGUAUCUGUAAUAGCUGUGUUUAAAAAAAAAAAAAAAAAAAAAAAAAUCACUCUGUGCUGGAUGCACCUCUAACUGUAGCUCAGGCAGGGUAAGCUAAGCAGUCAGUAAGAAAAAUGAGGGCAACACAACCAGAUGCAGGGUGCACCAACAGUUCUACCACCAUUUAUUUGAAGGACAAAAUACAGCUAUGGUUUUAGGUUGCUCCUUUGUCAAUGUAUAAUUUCAAACCGUCUUUGAUACAGAUUUUAUAUUGCGCCAACAUAUUCCACAGCCAACAUAUACCUUAUGGGUAGACAAGGCAGCAAAGUGAGGGUAUAAAGUGAUCUGAAUGUACCAGAGGAUGGGAAGGGUGCUUUGGAGCAAGAAGCACAGUUGAUGGGAGUCUGCAGAGGAAGACUGAUUCCUGGCUAAACACUCCAACCUUGCAAUUCAAAUUAUAGGCUUUGUUUUGUAUAAUUCAGUAAAAUUCCAAUGUAAUCUGAAACUUUCAUAAUGAGUUGAUAUUCAUGUAAACAUGAAGUUACGGUGUUGCUUUAAAGUGGUGUCUUGCCCUUUUAUUCUAAACAAAGUAAUACUCUAUUACUUACCAUCAUUUUGUCUCCAUUUUUAGUGAAUUGGACCAAAGCACCGUCACUGAGGAAGCCCCUGAAGCAGAGGAACAACCAGUUGUCGACUCUGAAAACAAGUAAGUAUUAACUCCGGUCUCAUUUUGUAAUGAUGGUAAAAGAAAUUUAGUUACUGGUCUGUUUAGUUGCCGUCUGUCACAAACCCUAUCCCCACCCACUUGUUAUAUGUAAAAAAAAAUCACUUUUUUUUUUCUCUCCAUUAUUUGGAAAUUGGGAAAACUGUGUAUGUUAAUCAGGUUACUGUUGUAGCAAAAACAUAAGGUGGAUCUGUGAGCAGCUUUCCUGCUUGUAUAUCUUCUACUAAAAAAGACAAACAUAUCAUCGCCAAGUGAACCAGGUAAUGGCAGUUAUUACUGAUGCACACAUUUGCAUGCUCCUUAUAACAUUUUGCCAGUGUUCAUGAAAUCAUGGGAGAACUAGUGAAUCAGAAUUCAUGGUUCAUUAAUUCUUCUCACACCAAAAUACAAACCUGUAUUCCUGACACUAGUUCUAAAACCACAGUUUAGAUGGUCGACCCUGCCCCCCUUACCUCAAGUAAGAGGUUAUUUACUCACCUUUUUUCAAGCUACUUAUGCAGCGCUUCACAUCUGGUCCCACCCCCGAUAUGCCUUCUUGGUUGACAUCAACAAAAUUGAUAAUCUCAGCCAAUCACCUAAGAAAGGAUUAGUUGAGAUUGUAGAUUCUGAUUAUAUCCGUUAAGAAGGCGGGGAUGGACGCCGCCCUGGCCAAUCAGCAUCUCCUUUAGAGAGAUGUAUUGAAUCAAUGAGCAUGGAGAUGUUGAAUGUCAGUGCUGCACACUUUGCAGCACUGCCCCAGAAAGAGUCUCUAUUGACUAGUGGAAUUUCUUUAGCUCUUAACCCCUUAAGGACACAUGACGUGUGACAUGUCAUGAUUCCCUUUUAUUCCAGAAGUUUGGUCCUUAAGGGGUUAAGGAUAGAAGCAAUUGUCCAAUUGACGCUGAACGGCAGAGCUGCCUACUGUGCAGUACUGAGCCAGGAAGCACCUCCAGUGGCCAUCCGAGGAGUGGCCACUUUGAGGUGUCCCUAGGGGCAAUGUAAACACUCUUUUCUCUGAAAAGGUAGUGUUUGCAUUAAGAUGUAGUUGUCCUGGUGACUAUAGUGUCCCUUUAAAAAAAAUAAUAAAUAUAGUUAAAGGACAGAAAUGGCUUUCUUCGAAGAUUGAUAAUUCUAUAUGUAUACCUGAAACAUGGAGUAUGAAAAAUGUUUAAAAAAUGGUCUGCUAAAUGGAACAAACCUUUCUACAUAUAUAGAAAUGUAUUGUGCUUAAUUUUUUCUUCUAGGGAAAACGAGGCAGGCGAAGGGCCCAAGGAAGAGGGUCCUAAGGAAAUGACUUUGGAUGAAUGGAAGGCUAUGCAAGAUAAGGAACGCGCAAAAGUUGAAUUUAACAUCCGGAAACCAAAUGAGGGCGCUGACGGCCAAUGGAAAAAGGGAUUUGUCCUUCACAAGUCAAAGAGUGAAGAGGUAACUUUAAUUCUGCUGUUUUGGCUCUUUAACACCAUGUUUGGUUGGUAAAAUUAAACUUUUGUUUUAAUCAAAUGUCAGUAAUAGUUAUUUGUUUAACAAAUUAGAAAGGUGUGACUAGUCUGUAAAUGGUUGUGUGUGUGUAUUUUGUUUUUUUUAAGGGGACACUAACAUGAUUGAAUUUGAUUUUAUUUAUUUUUAUAUUCAUUUCUUAAAUACAAUCCUGUUAUAAAAUAUUUUUCAGAUCAAUGUAGAUGACAGCUUGCAAACAAUUGUAAGUUUAUGACCGUUUUCUUAAAAAUUUGCUUGUUUAGAUUUCUACUUUUCUUGGCUAAGAAUACCUAUUCAAAAUUUACUGCUUUGCUGUGACCAGUGGAAUGCCUUGAUCUAAUAGAAUUUAUCCCUAAGACAUGCACUAUUGGUUCCCUGUGGGCAUCUCUAAGCUUUGUCAAUGAGCAUUGCCAUUCAAUGAGGCUUCAUUAAAGGGGCAUUGGACACCAAUUCAACUCUAGCUUCAUGAAGCAGUUGUGGUGUGUAGGUCAAGCCCCUGCAGUCCCUCUGGACAGUUCUGUCAUUUAGGAGGUGUAUAAUUUGUUUGUUUAUGCAGCCCUAGCCACACCACCUCUGGCUGAGACAGACAGCUUGCACAAAGAAAUGUUUUCAUUUUCAGAUGUAAACUUGCUUUAAAUGUUUUUCCUCUUGCUCUGUAAAUUGAACUUUAAUCGCACACAGGAGUCUCCUGCAGAAUCUAGAUGGCUAUUACAGAGCAGGAGUUUAAAAAAGGUUUCUAAACUAAACAGAUUGUGCAAUAAAGGAAAUGUAAACCAUAGAUCUCUCUAAGAUCCAAGUCUCUGUGUAUGGAGACUGCAAGUCACAUGCAGAGAGGUUUGAUUAGGGCUGUAUAAACAAAGUGAUUUAGGUCAGAGAAUUGUGCAGUGAGACUAUGGGGGCAUGGUCUAUACCUAAAAACUGCUUCAUUAAGUUAAAGUUGUUGUGGUGCCUAUAGUGUCCCUUUAAGAGUAACUAUCUCUCAGAAUGUUACAAUAUUCAUGAUAGUGUCCCUUUUCACAGAAUUUGAAAAACUUGUAGUUAUAUGGUGGUUGGCGUAUUGGCCCACAGAUGACCCCGGUGUCUGUUUGAACAGGCUCCGUAUUCUACCUACUCCCACCACCAUUUAAACAGGAGCUGUCACUUAACGUUUUAAAUAUUGUGUACUUAUCCCUUUUAUUUAAUAGACCUGUAUUUGUAAGGUGAAAUAAGCAUAGAACUCCAAACCUCUCAUCUAAGACACUCAUUCUUUGAUCAUUAUCAGUCCGCGUAGAGAAAACAUACAGAGAAGAGAAGAAAUACAGAUUCAUAUUUUUCCAUGCACUCAAACCCCCUCUCCUCAGCAGCCAUGGCUACUGUAUACAUCAGCCCAAAUGCAUAGGAAGAACCCAGGACAUACUUGAAAACGAGAGAAAUCUCAAUGUAUCUUUCCUGGUAAAAUAUUUUAUAAAUAAAUAAAUAAAUAUAAAUAAAUAAGUCUAAAUAACGGGAGGUGUUAACUAAGUAUGCAUGGGGUUGUCAUCAGCACUGUCUUGUAUUACACAGCCAUGUUACAAACACACAAAAUGAUGCCCUUUGUUAUAACUCCUACUACUGGGGAGCAGCAAUAACUAGAGUACACAUAAGCCCAAAUGCAUCUAUAUAUUCCAAAUAUGCAAUGCGCCCUCCCCCCUCCUUGUUUGAAAUGCAUUGUUUAGUUUGGUCAGUAUUUAAUUGAAAUUCAGUGGUGUAAAUUCUUCAAAGAAGUGACAGCUCCCCUUUAACUCUUGGAGGUCUGAUAGGUAAUGCUGGUUGUUAUAGACAGCUGGAGAGCAAACAAAUAGAGCACCAAAACGUCCAACUACAAGCAUGGUUCAGUUUGUCCUUGUUGGUUUUGUACCUUUGAAAGCAAUUUGUUUUGCAUCAUGUGACUCGAGCUUGAGACCUUUACAAUUUCCCUAAUCAUGUGUUUGAUUCAGAAGAUUAUAGAAUGAAGUCUUAUUUGAUUUAUUUUUGCCCUCACUUUGUCAAGAUUAAUAUGCGUAAAUGUAUUUGUGAGAACAGUACUGUUACAGAUAAUGGUAACAUGGCUGAGAAAGAUGCAGAAACAUCUUGAUGUCUAGUGCUAUCAAACUUAUUGUAGGAGGGCCACUCGAAGGCUCAUUUGAAUCUUUUAACAAAAGGGUUCUCUCUGCGGCCAUCGUUGUAAUCUGUUACACUAAUCUUUAGACUGUAAUGAUUUGCUGAGACUCAUGGGCUCACACUAUCCCAGUCUUCCUAUCCAAGGAAAACCAAAAGGACAGUAUUCAUAGAUUUAGAACCAUAUCCACUAAAUAAGCUGUAAUAGUAAUGAUAGACUAAUUUACAAAGGGCACUCUAUUUCCUCUUCCCUCAUACUUCACACCUUGUGCUGUUCCUUCUUUUCCUGUCAACACUAUUCUGCAGUUGCUCAGUUCUACUUAAUACCUGGUGCUAUGUUUGUUUUUUCCUGCUUUUGCCCAGCACCCUUGCAUAAUAUUGCACCUUUGCUUAUCUGUAUUCUGUAGAUCUUUGAGGACAGCCCAUGAGCAUAUCAAGCCCAUCUGCUUUCAAUGACACCUAUUGCAUUGUGUGCUCAUAUAUGUGUAACCCAAGGCUGAACAAAUGUCUAGAGCAUUCUAACUGGCUUGUAAAAUAUCACUGCUCGCAGUUACUUUUUGUAGAGUUAAGUUCAAAUGUCUGUGGCGGCAUAGUUUUAAUUAAUCCUCCCCCCUCCCCCUUAAAUAAUGCACAAUUUUUGUUCGUCUCUGUGCCUGCAUCAUAAAAUUUUACACUUAAAGUUUAAUUAUUUUUUUAAAACUCUACUUUGGUUGCAGAAUAAAUUUAUUUGGUUUCUGCUUAAUCCGUUAGUGUGCAAUUAUCUUCCUUUUAGAAAUUGUUUUCUGAAAUGACCUUUUCCCUAAGUGCAAGUUUUACUAGUUGCGAGCCUGCAGUUCUCUGGCUUUGUGUGCUGUCUUUUUGUGUUCAUUGCAUCGGCACAAAAAACGUUCUCAUAUUUUGGUUCUAGGUUCACGCGGAGUCUGACGCUUUUGACCAUCACUUCCGUAAGCCUGCAAAUGAUAUCACUUCACAACUUGAGAUCAACUUUGGCGAUCUUGGCCGGCCUGGUCGAGGUGGCCGAGGCGGCCGGGGUGGUCGUGGCCGCGGUGCAAGGCCAAGCCGUGGAGGGAAAAUUGACAAGGUAACGCCUUUAGAAAACAACUUCACUGAGCCAAGGCGCGUCGGGAAGACUUACCAGGUAAACUUUAUAAAAUUGCCUUGCAAAAAUGCUCCAGUGAAUUGCAUAAUGUUUAGAGUAAAUUAAAGUGUUUUUUCCAGAAUUAUAAAACUAACCCUCAGUAUAAGUUAGCACGUACAUUCUUUUGUUUCUAGUGUUUUCUCCUGCACAUUGUCCAUUCAUGUUCGGUAACAUAUUGGCACAUGUUGCACUGUGAAGAACCGUACUCUCCUCUUCUCAUGAGUGUUUAUCUUUUUUUCCUUUUUUUUUUCUUUUUCUUUUUUCAGUCAAGCGAUUCUUCUGCUCCUGAUGUAGAUGACCCAGAAGCUUUCCCAGCUCUGGCGUAAACUGGCUGAGUCCAACCCUGGUGCCCUUGAGGCCCCUUCUACGAGGCUUGCAUGCUUAAGGAUCCUGAAACAACUCCUCCAAAUUAAGGAAGAAAAAUAAAAUAACCCAAGACUGUCAGUCAUACCUUUCACACCUAUGGACUGAAUUUUAUCUGUUUUGAAAAUGGACUUCUCUUGCUACGCAGAAGCAAACUCAUAUGGUAGUCCAGUUUUGUAUUAGAGAUGUAAUGGUAGCAGGGACAUUUUCAUAAUUUUUUCAGAGAUUAUGCAUUCUUCAUGAAUACUUUUUUGUAUUGCUGCUUGAAAAUAUGCGUUUCCAAACUUGAAAUAUAGGUGUGAACAGUGUGUACCAGUUAAAGUUUUCAUUUUCAUCCGUGUUUUUAUUCUCCACAAACAGGAGGGGUUUUUGUUUUAUUUGCAAACUGUAAAUCUUGCUUUAACAUUUUUAGAAUUCCUCUUUGCAGCUGCAUAUUUGGGAAAGGCUAGCUUUAAUUGGCAGAGUUGCAAUCCGCUUAAAAAUUGUUGACCGUCUAAUCUUUUGUUUGGGAGAAGAUAAAUUUCGCCUUGGUUGUGGAGAUUUUUAAACACUCAACCCUUUAAAUGCCAGCCAGGGGAGGAGCGCAAUUGCUCAAUCCUUGGGCAUUCAUAGGGUGUCACGAAUUCUAGGUACACUGCUAAUUUGGGAAGCAAUUCUCCACCCUCACCUGCCAAUGCUUGUGUGUAUUUGCAAACCUACCCUGAGUUACUGUCAGAACCUUCUGUGCCACCUGAACUAGACUUGUGCUGCAUGUUUCUUCAGCACCCAAACUUGCGUUCUCCGUCGGCACGUCACAGAAACAAAACCUCAAAGUGGGUUAAACUUAACGUAAAACCAACUUUCCCUGGAAUGUUGCUGCAGUUUCACAUGUAGUACAUCCAUCACAAUGUUUCUUUCUUUUUAUGGCCCUUUCUGGAAACUUCUUCCAUUUACAAGAAAAUUGAGAUACCAAACAAGAUCAUAAUAUUCUGUUCCAUAUGCUGCAAUCCUUGUAUGAAGAGACAUAUUAUAUAUAUAAAUUUUUUUAUUUUUUAAGAGCACUAGGGAAGGGUUAAUGGUCACGGUGGAUAACCUACAUCAUUAUAGGAGGUUACCAGUUUUCUUGGAAAGUAAAAACAAACCCUUUUUUUGCUUUGAAAUUUGUCUACUAUCUCAGCUUUUGGGCUUCGAUGGCUGGUUGACAGAUGAAUGUUUUCUCACCUAAAGGGUGGUAAUACAAAUCCCACUUCCCUUUGGGCUUUUUAGCUUAUUUAAAUUGUUCCUAUGAUGUAAACAUUACCACUUAAACAAAAACAAAAAAAAACUACAAGACACAAUAGGAUAACUAAGAGAAAAAAAAAAAAUAACAAAACCUCAAAAAAGAAAAAAAAAAAGUUGUCUACAGUGUUAGAAGAUACUGCUUUUAUUUAAUAUUCUUUUUACAUUUUUUUUAGCAGGCUUUAAAUUUGUAGGUUCUUAUCUGCAUAGGUUAAUUGAAAGAAAAAAAAAAUAUUAUUGCCCUAUUUUUAUAAACGUUGUACAGAAGAGGCAACAAAGUAUUUGAAACAUGCAAAAACCACAAUUGCCACCUUGUGUUCUGCAGAAUGUCAGAAUCUGGUGUGAUUGGUGGUUUGUUGUGUUUUUUAUUUUUGUUUAGUUUUUUUCCCCUCAACAGGCUAGUUUUUUUUUUUUGUUUUUUUUUUUAUUAUUCCAAAUAAUUUUACUUUAGGACUACAAGCUGGGGCAUCAGUGACCACAUUGGUGCAUUAACCUAUAAAUGAAGUAAGCCUUCACAAAAAAAAAAACAUUUUUCAGCAUCUGACUCAAAUUUAGUUGCCUGUGUCUGUGGGGAUUGUUUGUGCUCGGUUUGGGACAAUCACAAAUACACUUGAUAAGUAUCUUAGGAAAUUGCAUUUUCCACCUGACCGUAAACAAGCAUUUGAAUUUUGCAGUGAGAAUUUGAACCUUGAUGUGCAAUUGAUUCAUUUUAAAUCAAUAUUGAAAUAGAUGAUCCUUGCUGGCUCUGCGGACUUGUGUCUGGUUUAUGUUUGAGAUUUUUGCAACCUGUAUUAAAAUCUCAUGGUACUAGCCUACUAGGAAUGUUUACGUUUUCCAAACUCUCCUCCCUUUGGCUAAGUUCCCAUACAGGUUUAAGAUUGAUUAGAAGUGUUUAUGCACAUGUGACUGUGCAGGGUACAUACAUAAAAAUAAAUCUACCAACAGUCCUAGCUCUUGGCAACAGGCAAUUUGAGAUAUUGGUCAAUAUCCAUCAGUAAACUGCUGCUGUUUUCGCUUGUGUUUGUAAAUUUGCCUCUUCAAUCCAUUUCUUUGUGAACUAAAACUGUGACCUUAUCUGUCUGGUGGAUGCUUAUUGAAUUAAAGGUUAAUUUUCAUGCUUUUGUUAGUUUCGUGGAAGGUUAAUAUGAUGGCCGCUUUUUUUUUUUCUUAUAUUUUUUUGGGGGGGUGUAUUUCUUAUUAAUAUGUGCUUGCAUGCAGAAAACAAGAUGUUGAUUGUUUAAAAUAUAUAUUUUCCCCCUCAUUUAUCUGGGCUAAUUAUCCAGGCUAAAUGUUAAGUUUUGAGUCAAAAUUCAAUGUAAAAGACUUUAAACCCAAGCAUGAAAGUUCACCUUUUGAAUUGGGCACCCUUUAUUUGUUUAGAGCAGGGGUGUACAGUCUUGGCAUAUCAGGCACUGUUGGGCUACAUGUCGUCUUAUGCUCUGCUGUCAGUCAGAGUAUAGGGAAAACUGUAGCCUCACUGAAGCCUGAGGGUUAAGAUUUUACACCAGUGUUGGAGAAUAAUUAACCAUUCCCAGACAGGGUAUAGAAGUCCAGGUAAGGUAUUUAUAUUAAGUCCGUGUAUGGAUUUUUACAUAUUCAUAUGUUCAAUGCUUAAAUAAGACUACUGUGUAAUAAUUUCAUAUAAUCUCAUUCCCACUGACAUUAGAGAACCCUUGACUUAAUAAAUGCUGGUCCGAGGCCUAAAGCUGAAACCUGAGAUGUACAAAUUUAUGUGCUUUGCAUUACAUAUUUUUUUUUCUCUCAAAGUUUUCCAUUUUCUGCUCCCAGAUCUAAUGGCUAAUCCAGGUUUCUCGUUGUUACAUAAUAAAUGUGUGUUUUUUUUUGUUUUUUUUUAGGGUGCACUUUUGUAAUUAUGUAAGUGGAUUCAGUACAAUUAAAUUGUGCUAAAUCCAAGAUUUAUGAACAGAGACACUCAGAACUCUCUCGGAAAUGAAUCGCACCAAAAAUUUAUUUUCAAAACUUAGUACAGGGUUAUUAAACAAACUUCAAAUUCUAGGGAACUACAUUCAUAUGGAAUAAUGGAGGCAGACGUGACUGAUUUGGGAAAAGUCUUAAACUCCUCUAUAGUUGCGGCCUUGUCUGUUUUUAGCCUCCGUGUUGCCAUUACCACCUUACUUUCUAAAAUCAAGAAUUUAGUGACCAUCCCUGACUAUAAUUAAAGUGGAUCUGUCUUCCAGAGAAUGACAAUUCCUUCUCUCUCCCCCCUCCAGUAAUUCCCAUUGCAGGGUCCACUGUAGUGUUUGGUUUUUAUUAAAAAAAAACCAAAAAAAAAAAACGCUUCCUCCACUGCUGGAUUGUGACUUUGCCUUUUUCUGGCAGAGCAUGUAACUCAAAAGAAAAUAAUGUAAACGUUUUGGGGGUUAAGGUUGUGGACAGAGCCCUUUUAUCAAAGAAUUUAAAGGGGCAAGCAGGUAGUAACAAUAACUGCAAGAAACUGCUUUCUGCUGUCCCUGUCUUGAUUGACUUAUCGUUGACUUUUAUAGGGGGUAUUUGAGUUUGCUUUGAUCAAGUAGCAGGGACAGACCAUUCCCUGAAUGUUUAUUGCAUUAUCACAGUUUUUAGUAGUCUGGAAUAGAGGUGCUAGAAGAGAAAGUGUUCAUAAAUGUAUUACAAAACAUCCAUUAUAGGGUCUCUCCAGAUCCAUAAAUCAAUUCAGCUUGUCAAAGUGCUUUUAUGAUGAAUUUUAUUUUGGUUUGGUUUUUCUUUCAAUUUCUACUCUUCUCUCCGAAGUGGAGACCAAUAGAAAAUCGCACCCUUAUACAUUUACACACCCAUGGCUGUCAGAUAACCGGUCCUGUUACUUCCUGCUGGUUUAACGUGUUGAAGAUCAACCUAAGAGGCUGGCAAUUGCUCACAUACCUGCAUUCCAAAGGCUUCAUUGGGAAGUCUGG